CCGUCUCCAACUCCAACGGCGCCCUCUCCUUCUUCUUCUUCUUCUUCUUCACCCUCCACGCUCGACCCAAAGCAGCUGAGAGCGCUGCAGUCCCUCAACAUCCCGACCUCGAAGGACCCCUGCCAAAGCAAGAACAACGCCACCCUCGUCUGCGACUCCUCAAAGCCCUUCCGCCACCUCCUCUCCCUCUCACUCGCAAACUGCUCCCCAAACGACGUCGCUCUCUCCUUCACCGCCCUCAAGUCCCUCUCCUCCCUCCACUCCCUCUCCUUCCUCAACUGCCCAAUCUCCCCCAUCCGCUUCCCUUCCGAACUCUCCUCCUCUCUCCGAUCCUUCACCUGCGUCCACUCCCUCAAAUCACUCACCGGCCUCUGGCUCUCUCACCUCCAUAACCUCACCGACCUCACCGUCUCUGCCACCCCCGUCACCACCUCCGGCUCUUAUGUCAUUCUUGGAAACAUGAAGAAGCUCAAGUCCAUAACCAUCUCCCACGCCAAUCUCACCGGUUAUAUUACCAAACACUUGAAUCUCAACCUUACCCACAUCGAUUUUUCCGGUAAUAAGCUCAGGGGAAAGAUACCCAGCUCCAUUACGCUUCUUGAAGACCUCGAUUUCUUGAAUCUUUCCUCGAAUGCGCUCGUUGGUGAGAUACCCACUUCGUUUGGGGACUUGAUUUCGCUACAGAACCUGUCUCUGGCCUCGAAUUCGCUGUCCGGGUCGAUUCCAACGUCGAUGUCAGCGAUACCGGGUUUGGUUCACAUUGAUCUGAGCUCGAACCAGUUGAACGGCACGAUUCCGAGGUUCAUUUCGGAGAUGAAGAGCUUGAAGUACUUGAAUCUGGCAAACAAUGACUUUCACGGGGUUAUGCCGUUCAACGGGAGUUUCAUUAAGAAGUUGGUUGUAUUCAAGGUGGGUGGGAAUAGCAAUCUGUGCUAUAACCAUUCAAUUUUGUCAUCAAAGUUGAAGCUCGGGAUUGCGCCUUGUGAUAAGCACGGAUUGCCAAUGUCGCCGCCGGCGUCUAAGGCGGAUUCUUCAUCGGACGACAACAGCAGUGAUUCGGAUUAUGAUGAGAGUAGUGGGGAUAAUUCUAGUGGCAAGAGCGAGCAUCAUCAUGGGCCAAGUAAGGUUCUUGUUUGGGGAGUAAUGCUAGCUACCACAUUUUUCAUCCGGAUGAAAAGGUAGUACCUAACACAUUACUCUUGUUUAGGAGAUUGCUAUGGAUAAUAGAGUUCUUAUUUACAAGCUUUGCUAAAUAACAUUCUAUGUAAAACUAUUUAGCCGCAUGUAAAGUGAUUUGAAGUAGUUAAUAUUGUUUGGUUAAUUUAGCUGCAUGUAAAGUGAUUUGAAGUAGUUAAUAUUGUUUGGUUAAGAGAAGUGGCAUCAAAGGGUGGGAAGGUUGGGCUGCCUUUUCCCUUAUACUC